CAGACAGAGAGGGAGAGAGAGAGGGAGAGGACGCUCAGCCAGGACAUUUGGGCUCAUCAGUGCGGACGAAGGUAGACUUCUCGGGGCGGGGAUGGUGAGGGACUUCCUCGGCACUGCUUCUCCUCAAACCGAGACCGAACCGAGACCAUGAGAGGGUGUAAGGCGCCGGAGAAACGACCGUCGAACCCUUGUCUUUGACGACGCCGCACGCGUGUCCCUUGCUCAGCUCCCUGGAUGGCCGCGCAGGUGAGGGCUGGAAGAUGAUGGAUGCAGCGAGGGAGGACGCUCGAUUCGUUUGAGAAAACCAUUUUCGCCCACGGCGCAAGACAGACACAACAAUGACACCGACGUUUCAAGGGAAGACUGUAUUUUUCUUUCUGGUUUCUGCUCGAGGUUACGCAUUCUGAAAAUAAGACUCUUGAGUAACGAAUGUCACAUUUUUCCUGGUCUCGCUGCUUGUCAGGGCGCACUGGUGAAACGACUGUAAGGUGGCGGGAGGCGCGUUAUCGCUUCACACUGUAUCAAACGUUGCGGAUGUUUCCAAAUAAAUAAAUAAUGGUAGAUUUUCUCUUUUCAGCCUUUUCAGUCCAAAUGCCAAGUUGAGCGUCACCGACGCCGCAGAAAGGCUGCUAAUUAUUUUUAGAUUGAUAUUUAACGGUCUCGGGGCCUGGGCGAUCAUUUUAUUAAUUAUCAUUACAUGAUAUCACGACAGUAGAGAAAUGAAUCGUUGGAAAGGUGCAGGCAGCUCUGGUGCGCUCUGAUACUGGCAUGAACCAUGGAGAACAUGAAACAUUCAUGUGAACUGGCCACAGCCUCCCCAUGAUUUCAUGUUGGGGCCGAAUCUUGCUUUUUACGGACAUUAAUAGAAGACCAAGACACCCUACGGCACUACCCCACGGUGUGAGCAGCCAGCCAACCGAGCACACAUUUAAUUUCCUCACACCCACAAUUGGAAGCUGGCAGAGACGCACGGAGACGGUUCAUGGGCGUCCUCCUCUACUGAACCCAGGAGCUGCAUAACUGGUCGCCGGGUGCAGGUGUUCAACACAAGCCCAAAGGCUACGAGACAACCAGUUGUGCUUAUGAGACGUUUUGAUCCAGAUGGGAUGUAAUGUUGUGUGGCUGCACAGCUGAGCAUUGGUCUUCUUCUCCGCUGCUGCUACUGCUGCUUCGUGAAGAUUGGCUUUUGGUGUCCACAGAAUGGCGCGGUUCGGGGACGAGGUGCCGUCCAGGUACGGCGGAGGCCCCGGCGGAGGGGGCCCCGGCGGCCGCGGUGGUAGCAGGCAAGGUGGACCCCAUGGACACGGCCACGGUCAUGGCCACGGGCACGGCCACGGUCCACCCGGUGGGCCCGGGACCCAGAGAAUGUACAAGCAGUCUAUGGCGCAGAGGGCCCGGACAAUGGCCCUCUAUAACCCCAUCCCCGUGCGCCAGAACUGUUUCACCGUCAACCGCUCGCUGUUCAUUUUCAGCGAGGACAACUUCGUGAGAAAAUACGCCAAAAAGAUCACCGAAUGGCCUCCAUUUGAGUGGAUGAUUCUCGCCACCAUCAUUGCCAACUGCAUCGUCCUGGCUCUGGAACAACAUCUGCCUGACGGGGACAAGACGCCGCUGUCUGAGCGCCUGGAUGACACGGAGCCGUACUUCAUCGGGAUCUUCUGUUUUGAGUCUGGAAUAAAGAUCCUCGCUCUUGGUUUCGCCUUCCACAAGAACUCCUACCUGAGAAACGGGUGGAACGUGAUGGACUUCGUGGUGGUGCUCACAGGGAUCCUGUCCACUGUGGGUUCAGAGUUCGACUUGCGGACCCUCAGGGCUGUGCGAGUGUUGAGGCCUCUCAAACUGGUGUCCGGUAUUCCCAGCUUACAGGUGGUGCUCAAAUCCAUCAUGAAGGCCAUGAUCCCUCUGCUGCAAAUUGGCCUGCUGCUUUUCUUCGCCAUCCUCAUGUUCGCCAUCAUUGGCCUGGAGUUCUACAUGGGCAAAUUCCACACGACCUGCUUCGACAAUCACACAGAUGAGAUCCGAGAGGAGUUUCCAUGUGGGACAGAGCUUCCGUCGCGGCUGUGUCCCGAGGGCACCACUUGCAGACAGUACUGGCGAGGACCAAACUAUGGCAUCACCCAGUUCGACAACAUUCUGUUCGCUAUCCUCACCGUCUUCCAGUGUAUCACCAUGGAGGGCUGGACCGACCUGCUCUACUAUAGCAACGAUGCCUCAGGGAGUGCAUGGAACUGGAUGUACUUCAUCCCCCUCAUCAUCAUCGGCUCCUUCUUCAUGCUCAACCUGGUGCUGGGCGUGUUGUCAGGGGAGUUUGCCAAAGAGAGAGAGCGCGUGGAGAACAGGAGCGAGUUCCUGAAGCUCAGGCGGCAGCAGCAGAUAGAAAGGGAACUCAACGGUUACCUGGAGUGGAUCUGCAAAGCUGAAGAGGUCAUCUUGGCGGACGAUGAAAAUGAAAAUGAUUACGAUGGAUCUCGAAGGAGACCCACAAAGAACCAUAAGAGCAAAGCCGAGCUUCUAAACCCAGAGGAAGGGGAGGGAGACCUGGCAGUGGGUUCACCGUUUGCCCGUGCCAGCCUCAAGAGCUCCAAGCUCGAAGGAUCGACGUUCAAGCGGCGGGAGCGGCGAUUGCGCUUCCUCAUCCGGCACAUUGUUAAAUCCCAGGCCUUCUACUGGACCGUGCUGUGUUUGGUGGGCCUCAACACGCUGUGUGUGGCUGUCGUGCACUACGACCAGCCGGAGCCACUUUCAGAUUUUCUAUAUUUUGCUGAGCUGAUCUUCCUGGGAAUAUUCUUGACGGAGAUGUUCAUAAAGCUGUACGGCCUGGGCAGGCAGGCCUACCUCAACUCCUCCUUCAACUGCUUCGACUGCAUCGUGAUCUGUGGAAGCAUAUUUGAAGUGCUGUGGUCCAUCAUCCAGCCGGGCACAUCGUUCGGCAUCAGCGUGCUCCGAGCUCUCAGAUUAUUGAGGAUCUUCAAAGUCACCAAGUACUGGGCAUCUCUGCGCAACCUUGUCGUUUCUCUGCUCAACUCCAUGAAGUCCAUCAUCAGCUUGCUCUUCCUGCUCUUCCUCUUCAUUGUUGUCUUUGCCCUUCUGGGCAUGCAGCUCUUCGGAGGACAGUUUAAUUUCGAAAGCGGCACCCCUUCGACCAACUUCGAUACCUUCCCCGCAGCAAUAAUGACAGUGUUCCAGAUCCUGACCGGAGAGGACUGGAACAUGGUGAUGUACGACGGCAUCGAGUCUCAGGGCGGGGUCAACAAGGGCAUGGCCUUCUCUGUCUUCUUCAUCGUCCUCACACUUUUCGGCAACUACACUCUGCUCAACGUGUUCUUGGCCAUCGCCGUGGACAAUCUAGCCAACGCACAGGAACUGACCAAGGAUGAGCAGGAAGAAGAGGAGGCUGCCAGCCAGAAGAUCGCCCUGCAGAAAGCCAAGGAGGUGGCUGAAGUCAGCCCGCUGUCUGCCGCCAACCUCUCCAUUGCAGCGGGUCUUCCCUUUCACUGCCGCAACAAAGUACACAGUGAGUGUCACAACGCUACCGACCCCUUUCUGGACUGUAAGGAGCAGCAGAAGAACAACAACAAGGGGAUCAAUAAGUCGGUGUGGGAGCAGCGCACCAAGGAGCUGAGGAAGCAGACCCUGGUGUCCAGCCGCGAGGCCCUCUAUAACGAGCUGGACCCCGACGAACGCUGGAAGGCAAGGACAGGGAGGGAGGAGCAGAACAAUGUAAACUUCUCACGUCAAAUCCGACCAGACAUGAAGACCCACCUCGAUCGGCCCUUAGUGGUCGACCCCCACGAAAACCGAAAUAACAACACCAACAAGACCACUGCCAACAACUCAGACCUCUGCGUCAGCCAGCACCACCCUGCCGACGAGCUCCACAGACAAACACGCCUCCACGAGAACCACGGCCAAGUCGGAGGGGGUGGCGGCGGAGGCGCGGUCCCACCCAGGCCUCCCCUGGAGCGGGGGGAGUCCACCGAAAGCAGGCAGAGCCGUAAAGGCGUCCACCACCAUGGCUCUCGCGUCCGCCUGGAUGCCACGGUGAUUCCCGGGCCAGGCUCGGAGGAGAGGCCGUCCAAACGCCAUCACCACACCCGGAGCGGUAGCCGAGGGGGCGGACAGUCAGAGCACAGGAAACCCAGAUCACAUCGAAAGAACGCAGAGGACGGUGAGGAAGGAGGUGGAGGAAAAUCAGGGAGACAUAAGAGUAAAGGUGGAGAAGGAGGAGAGCAUGAGGGAGCUGGCGAUGGCAGUGAGAGGAAGCCAAGAAGAAGUCGGCACGGAAAUCACACGGAGGGCGAAGGGAAGAGGAUAUGCCAACGUAGAAGGAAGGAUUGCAGUGUCCCUAACCUCUCGACCACGCGGCCCAUCCAAAAGGCCCUUUCCAGGCAGAACAGCCAGUACAGUGAGGACAUGGACAAUCUCAUGAAUACCAAACUGGUGUCUGGCUCUACUCCACCCAGCGAAGGUCGACCCAACCCGAUGGCCAACCGCACCGUCUUCGGAUCGGCCCUCCAUCUUGCUAACAGCGCCACUCACGGAAGUUUGGUCACAUUAGACAGUUACGGGAAUAUCGGACAUCACCGUGCCAACAGCGUGAUCAGGCUGCCCCACCCUGACUACACGGCUGUGGACAUGCCAAUUUUCCCGUCCACCAAUGCCAUACUGCAAGUUAAUAAAAAUGCCAACACGGAGCCUCUGCCUGCGAAGGAGGACAAGGAUGAUGACGAUGAUGAGAAGGCAGGCGAAGGAGGACCUAGGCCAAUGCCUCCGUAUACCUCCAUGUUCAUCCUGUCCACCACCAACCCGUUUCGCCGUGCGUGCCAUUACGUCUGCACCCUGCGUUAUUUUGAGAUGUGCAUCCUGCUGGUAAUUGCCAUGAGCAGCAUUGCCCUGGCUGCUGAAGACCCCGUCUGGCCUGAAUCUCCUCGAAACAAUGUCCUACGCUAUUUCGACUAUGUCUUCACAGGAGUGUUCACAUUUGAGAUGCUGAUUAAGAUGGUGGACCUGGGCUUGGUCUUGCACCAAGGCUCUUAUUUCCGGGACUUGUGGAACAUCCUUGACUUUAUAGUGGUUAGUGGUGCUCUGGUGGCCUUCGCCUUCACCGGCGGCGGCGGAGGGAGCAGUAAGGGAAAAGACAUCAGCACCAUCAAGUCUCUGAGGGUACUGAGAGUGUUGCGACCUCUGAAGACCAUUAAACGUCUUCCCAAACUCAAGGCUGUGUUUGACUGUGUGGUGAACUCUCUGAAGAAUGUGCUCAACAUCCUGAUCGUCUACUUGCUCUUCAUGUUCAUCUUUGCCGUGGUGGCUGUGCAGCUAUUCAAGGGACGUUUCUUCUACUGCACUGAUGAAUCCAAAGAGUUUGAGCGUGACUGCAGAGGCGAAUACCUGGUGUAUGAACGUGAUAAUGAAGUGAAGGCGCAGAAGCGGGAGUGGAAGAAGUACGAUUUCCACUACGACAAUGUGGCUUGGGCCCUACUCACCCUCUUCACCGUUUCUACCGGAGAGGGGUGGCCGCAGGUGCUGAAACAUUCAGUGGAUGCGACUUAUGAGAACCAGGGCCCGAGCCCAGGAUACCGGAUGGAGAUGUCCAUCUUUUACGUGGUGUACUUCGUGGUCUUCCCCUUCUUCUUCGUCAACAUCUUCGUAGCUCUCAUCAUCAUCACCUUUCAGGAACAAGGGGACAAGAUGAUGGAAGAGUAUAGUUUAGAAAAGAAUGAGAGAGCUUGCAUAGACUUUGCCAUUAACGCCAGGCCUCUGACGCGCCACAUGCCUCAGAACAAGCUAAGCUUUCAGUAUCGAAUGUGGGAGUUUGUGGUGUCGCCGCCGUUUGAGUAUACGAUCAUGGCAAUGAUCGCGCUCAACACUGUCGUGCUGAUGAUGAAGUAUGACGGAGCGUCUGAUACCUAUGAAGCCGUGUUAGCCAACCUGAACAUAGUGUUUACGUCCCUCUUCUCCAUGGAGUGUGUACUCAAGAUCAUCGCCUUCGGAGCGCUGAAUUAUUUCAAAGAUGCCUGGAACAUUUUUGACUGUGUGACAGUUCUGGGCAGCAUUACUGACAUCCUGGUCACCGAGCUUGGGAUGAAUAACUUCAUCAACCUGAGCUUCCUGAGGCUGUUCAGGGCAGCUCGUCUCAUCAAGCUGCUGAGGCAAGGAGAAACCAUCCGCAUCUUGCUGUGGACCUUCGUUCAGUCCUUCAAGGCGCUGCCUUAUGUCUGCCUCCUCAUUGCCAUGCUGUUUUUCAUCUACGCCAUCAUUGGGAUGCAGCUCUUUGGGAACAUUGCAAUUGAAGAAGAUGGAGAGAGUGCCAUCAACCAGCACAACAACUUCAGGACUUUCAUACAGGCUCUGAUGCUUCUCUUUAGGAGUGCAACAGGAGAGGCUUGGCACGAGAUCAUGCUGGCCUGUCUGGGGGGUAAGGACUGCGACCCCCAGUCAGGGAAUACAGAGCCAGAGUGUGGCAGCCAGGUUGCCUACCUCUACUUCGUCUCCUUCAUCUUCUUCUGUUCAUUCUUGAUGCUGAAUCUGUUUGUAGCUGUCAUCAUGGACAACUUUGAGUACCUGACUAGAGAUUCAUCCAUACUGGGACCUCACCAUCUGGAUGAAUAUGUCAGGAUAUGGGCAGAGUAUGAUCCCGCGGCCUGUGGCAGGAUCAGUUGCAGGGAAAUGUAUGACAUGCUGAGGCACAUGUGUCCUCCACUGGGCCUCGGGAAGAGGUGUCCAGCACGGGUGGCCUACAAGAGACUGCUCCGCAUGGACCUGCCCGUGGCCGACGACAACACCGUCCACUUCAACUCCACUCUCAUGGCCUUGAUCCGCACGGCGCUGGACAUCAAGAUCGCCAAGGGUACGGAAGGCGGCAUCGACAAGCACCAGAUGGACGCGGAGCUGAGGAAAGAGAUGAUGGCGAUCUGGCCCAACCUCUCCCAGAAGACUCUGGACUUGCUGGUGACGCCGCACAAGUCAGCGACAGACCUCACGGUGGGGAAAAUCUACGCUGCCAUGAUGAUCAUGGAGUACUACCGGCAGAGCAAGAUCAAACGGUCUCAGGCCCUCCGAGACGAGCAGAAUCGAACGCCAUUACUGUUUCAGCGCGUGGAGCCGCCUACCCCCGUCCAGGAUGGGGGGCCGGGACUCAACAAUGCCUUACCUCCACCCGAGACAAACGACACAGUCAGCAGCCUGCCGGUAGAGGGAGGGAUCCCGGAAAGCCAUUCGUGGGUGACGGCCCGUGCUCAGGAGAUGUCCCAGAAGGCCGGCAGCUGGAGCCCUGAGGGACACCCUGAGGACGGACUGGGAAGCAUGUCCAACUCACAGACGGUAGAGAUGAGAGAGAUGGGGCAGGAUGGUUACUCGGAUACUGAGCACUUUCCACCAAUGGAAGGCCACGGCAGGGCCGCUUCCAUGCCUCGCCUCCCAGGCGACAACCAACAGCGGAGGAAAGGGAAGCAACGUGGCAGUACCCUCAGUACCAUCAACGACAGCAGCCCCAUGAAGCGCUCUGCCUCGUCGCUGGGCCACAGCAGGUCUGGACGUGGCCACCGGGAAAAGGGAGGGGUUGACGAUUACAACAUGGAGCGCACAAUACCCGAGGAGGGCAGGACCUCCAGGCACGGGCACCGACGAAAAGACCGGGGCCACCGGGCGUCUGAGAGGUCCCUGUGUCGUUACAACGAGGCCGACACAGGCCUAGGCACAGACCUGAGCACGACGACCCAGUCGGGCGACCUCACAUCUAAAGACAAGGACCGCGACAGGGACCGCGGCCGGUCCAAGGACCGCAAGCACCACCACCAUCACCACCACCACCACGGCUCCAUAGACAAGGAGCACUAUGUAGCAGAGCGAGGCGGCGAGUACGGACACAGGCACUCCCGCGACCGAGAGCACGACCGGGAGAGGGAGAGGGACCGGCGCUGGUCGCGAUCACCCAGCGAGGGCCGCGAGUGCAUGACGCACAGACAGGGCAGUAGUUCGGUCAGUGGAAGUCCCGUCCCCUCAACCUCGGGGACCAGUACGCCGCGCCGAGGCCGUCGGCAGUUGCCUCAGACGCCGGCAACUCCGCGGCCCCAUGUCACUUACUCCCCUGUAGUCCGUAAGGCCAUGCCCACACCUUCUGGGGCCCCACAGGGCAGACCCCCAGCCCCAGCACCUCGCCGCUUUUCUCCAGAACCCUCCCAAGGCCAGGGUCCUCCUCCUGCUGGCCUUCCGUUGGCCCACCGCCAGGGUCAUCAUCCCCCGCCUCGCUGGGGAGACACAGGUGGAGGUGGUGGCUCCAUGGAAGGGGAUGGCUGUUUCUACAACCAGGACUAUCAGGACUUUGAGCCCCACCACGAACCACCGGCCUAUGAGCCAGGCCCCAUGCAGGGUGGAAACCCUCACCCGCACGCUCUGGCCAACCACCCACUGCCACCUCCCACACAACCGCAGCCACAUAACCCCCAUCCCCAUCCGCAGCCACAGCCACACCCCGCAAACAACCCCCAUUCGCAGCCCAGUCGCACCUCGCCCAGGACUGUGCACCACGCGCCUCCUCCCACCACCGCCCUGACUGGGCCAGUGCAGGGCCAGGUCCAGCCCGCCGCCCAGCGCCGCCUUCCCAACGGCUACCGAUCCUCCUCGCCUUCCACACACGUCCAUGGACCCCCGCAUACGGGACCUCACAAGGUCCCCCCUCCAGCUGGGCAUCCAAGGGGUCCUCGCAAGGGCCUGCAUGAACCCUACAGUGAGACGGAGGACGACGAUUGGUGCUAGCCUCUGGGGUAGGGGAGGGGGCGUAAGGAGGACAAAUAAUUGUUAAUCGGACCGAAAGAAGACGGGAAGCUCUGAGCCGGAGCACUGACUGCCAAAGGAAACCACGACUUGUCUUUCACGUCUGUUCAAUUUUUUCCUCUCCUCCACUGCUUCGUAGGGAUGGUGGGCUAGAUGAAGGGAUGGGUGUCGGGGUGAAGGGAUGAAGCAAGAAUGCAGCUGCGGAAUCUGGAGAAAAAAGUAGUCUAAAAAGAGGUAACGAACCACCUCCACGUUGUGCUGCUCGCAUUGUUGCUGACCAUCUCUUGAUUCCGAAUGAGACCAAUCUCAAAUUCUGGUUUUCUGUAAGGAUGCAGGCAGCAGGAGCGAUGGACACUAGUCUCUUGUGUCUUAAAUUAUGCCUCUGGCAAUGAGUUAUAGCCACUUACAAGAUGUCAAAGAGUUGCGACUCGACAAAAGACACUUUAAAGUCAGAGACAAAAGAGCGACCACGUUUUUUUCUUUUCUUUUCUUUUCUUUUCUUUGCUUCAUAAAGCUAACUUCUGUUUAGUUAGCCGCAAAAUGAAUCAAAUCCAACCCUCCCAGCCACAAGUUGAAUAUUGAUGAGUUUUAUCAUCUGUGUUUUUAAAUAAGAAUAAAAUUGACAAAGAGCCGUCCGCCUGUAUGAGGCGAGAAGGCUAAGUGGGUGGGAGAGUUGGGGAGAGAGUUGCAAGGGGGUUGACUAGUCCCUCUGUGGAAUGAAAAUCUAGAGGACAGGACGGGUGUGUUGGGGAUACGUACCCCCAACCUGUCACCGGAAAACACACCCCUCCCUGAAACAAUUCAAUCAACCUCACGCUACGGAAGACGAAAGAAGAAACACUUAAACGUGGAAACGGGUUUCAGAAACAAAAAAAAACAAAUGAACUGUUUUCUGCAGUAUUUCUUCUUCUAUUCCUGCAGCUGCUUCUUCUUCUUCUCCUUCUCCUUCUUCUACUUCUUCUUCUUCUUCUUCUUCUUCUUCUUCUUCCUCUUUCUCUUCUUCAAAACAUCGAGGCUUGAAUCUUCUGUUGCACCCACACAGCUUCGUUUUUUUAGACUUGCGGAGUUGUACACCCUACGGAAUCCUGCAUGAAUGAUACAAAAAGAAUACUAAUAAUAGCAACAAUGAGAAUCUUGUCUGUCUGUCUGCGGGGGGACACUUUGUUCAGUCCUCUCCGCUGUGGUCUGUUCGGGUUUCUCUCUUUCAGUUGAAAAGGCUUUCUGUUUCUCUUUCUCUCUCUCUCCUCUGAAUGACAUUCCUCUCUCUGUAUACCUUUACUUAAACUAUAGGGAGAUCGGAUGGUUACUGUACAUCUGGAGGGAACAAAACUAUUACUUUUUCCUUGCUUGUCGACUGUCUGUUUCGUGCCAAAUGCCUGCCACCGAUACAGCUGGAAUUGCACUUUUUUUUUCUAACUGAGGUCAAAAGGCUAAAAUGAUGUAAUGGGAAGCAGGGUAUUUAAAAAAUAUAAAUAUAUAUAUGGCGAAUAAGUCUGACAAAUCAUCUCAAAGUCUUCCAGGGUUUGGGGUUAAAACAGAGGCAUCGGAGAGAAAGAGACCAAUAGAAAGGAGAGAGACUCUACAUCUUUGUUUUCUUUGUUACUGACUAAAACGAUGACAUUACUACUUAUAUUGAUCAUGAUGAUCGUGAGAAUGGGACAGAUUUAAUGUUCUGUUAAAUAUGUUUUUACUUUGAGCUCAGAUGAAUCGUUUUUCCAACCCUGGGGUGGAGGACAAACCUGAAUCGGAGACCAAUGCAGUCAAUAAAUCAGCGUUCUCAUCACCCACAGCGGUGAAUUUGACUGAGAGCUCAAUUUUACGAUUUAUCAAAUACAAAAACGGCAGAAAGUACAGGUUGUUUUUAACAUGCAGACGCACUAGUCCAUUCUCCUGCAGAUGCUAAAACAGGCUCCCACCACCACUUGUGACCUUCGGGUGGCGCUGAAAGACAAGCGGCGCCCCUCUGGUUUUUAAUACAUUCCCUUUCCUCUACUUUCCUGCCGGUGCACCACUAAUAACAAUCAUCCCAGUCUCUCACUUGUAGCCUAACUCGUCUGUGUGUCUCGUGUUUAAACGACUGAACUGCGUUGCAGAGCAGCUCAGAUGGGGUUGGAGAAAAGACGUCUGGGCCUGGUCGCAGCCCUGGUAAAAAAAAAAAAAAACAAACAAACAAAAAAACUAAAAAAAAAACUAUUUUGUCCUGCGUCACUCCUGUGUAACUUUUAUUUCUGUCACGAACGCACACCACUGUCAGCCCCAUCAUUAAUUAUUGCUAUCAUUUGUUUUCUAAUUAAUCUAAUCAACCUGCAUUUUACCUGGAGGCCUAUCACGUUGACCAGAGAAUGCUUUGAAAAAAAAAAUAGACAUUUAAAAAAAAAAAAGCAAACUGCCUAUUAGUGUCUUUCCAGCCUCAGUGGAAUGUCACAGACAAGUAUUUUUCACGUCACUACACUCUAAAUCGGAAAGCACACAAGGUAUGUAGCUCCUGGUUGUGGCGUGUGGAAGUGGAUUUCUGUUGUGUGUUUGUGUGUGCACGGGUGAGCGUGUUCCUGAUGACUUCCGGCGUUCUGGUUUUCUGUUCUUCGUCUCUGAAAUCGUGAGACGUUUCAAUCGCAUCACUGCAUCGACCUCCGACCGUGUUUGUGUGCGCGUAUGUGUGCGUGGGCGUGUGUGUGAGACGUCAGUAACACCCACCUCCCUCCCCCCCGAACGAUAAAAUGCAAAGGCCCAAAACGUUCACCACCUUCCAUCUUUGUGUAUAUGCUGCAGUAAAAUCCACUAACACGCUGAUUAACCACACAAAGUCUUCAAAAAGCAAUGUAAAGUCGCUACUGGGAGAAAAAAAAAAAGAAAUAAAAAAAUAUGUUUUUUUUUUGUUUUGUUUUGUUUUUUUAAAUACAAAAGAUUAAAAAAAAAAAGAAAAAAUAUCUAGUUCCAGAAAUGCAUGUGCUAUGUGCAUGCCACACCGUGGGUUAAAAGUCAUCUUCAGGACAUAAAAAGAAAAAGCAGAUUAAUUAAUUCAGAGGAAUAAUAAUUAAAAAAAAAAAGAUAUAUAGAUAGAUAGAUGUUUUUAAAAAGCAAUGUUUCCUUUUUUCCUUCUAUUUUUGAGAACAAAAAAGGUUAAAAAAUACAAAAAAAAAAAAUCUAAAGAGUAAAAACACAAAAAAGACUUUGAGAGUCAAAGUCUUGUUUGUUUUCUUCUGUUACAUGGAGUUGAGGCACAACACGACCAUGUUCAGGACACCACAAAAAAAGAAAGAACUGUUUUUAACUAAAAAAAAAUAAUCUAUAUACAAAGAAAAGAAAGUACAGUUCAGAAGAUGACGAUUGUCUUACUCUGUGUGGGAGUCAGGAGGUGCAGGAGCUAGCCAAUUCUGAUGAUGUACUCGUUCUAACUGGCUGUUGGACCUUUGAACUCUCACUCACUCCCUCCCUCUUUUCUCUCUUUCUCUCUCUCUAACUCUGUCUUUCUCACACUCUUACCUGUCGCACUCUCAACCAGUUUCACCGCUAUUUCUACCAGUGCAUUUUGUAAUUCCAAACUGAAUUCUUCCUAAAGAAUAAAAUCCAGAGAGAAUGCA